UCCAUCUGGCGUGUAGAAUUUUGACUUUGCGGCGUGCUGUUUAUUAUUUCUGGAUUUCUCUAUUAACUUUUUCGGCUUGCUUUUUGUAUAUUUAAUAAAAACUCAACCAAACCAUGGAUGAUGAAGCUGAGACCUACAAACUAUGGCGUAUACGAAAAACCAUCAUGCAACUUAGCCACGAUAGAGGCUAUUUAGUGACACAAGAUGAAUUGGAUCAGACACUUGAACAAUUUAAGGAAAUGUUUGGUGACAAACCCAGUGAGAAGAGGCCUGCACGCUCCGAUUUGAUUGUUUUGGUUGCCCACAACGAUGAUCCCACCGAUCAAAUGUUUGUCUUCUUUCCCGACGAACCAAAAAUUGGCAUAAAAACCAUAAAGACCUAUUGUACGCGUAUGCAGGAGGAAAAUAUUCACAGGGCUAUUGUAGUUGUACAGGCUGGCAUGACUCCCUCGGCCAAACAGUCUUUGGUCGAUAUGGCUCCCAAAUAUAUAUUGGAACAAUUUUUAGAAUCUGAAUUAUUGAUUAAUAUAACCGAGCAUGAGUUGGUACCGGAGCAUGUGGUCAUGACACCGGAGGAGAAACAAGAGCUGCUGGCACGUUAUAAACUGAAAGAGAACAUGUUGAUGAGAAUUCAAGCUGGUGAUCCGGUAUCGAGAUAUUUUGGUCUUAAACGUGGUCAAGUGGUGAAAAUUAUUCGUUCUUCGGAAACAGCUGGACGUUAUAUUUCCUAUCGUUUGGUUUGCUGAAGUCGAACAAUAGGAAUAACUAUUUUAAGCUAUGAUAAAAUAUUAGAUAUAAUGAGGUUUGCAGAUGGAAUCAAUAACAAAUGACGAUAUAAAGGCGAAUGUUAAACAAAA